UACUAUAGCAACAACUGUAAACAUCCGUUUUUCUCAAUUCGUCUGUCCAAUUUUUAAUAAUAGAAGGCUCUAGACAUCAAAUACCAUAAAUUCCCGCCUUCUUAACAUAAAUUCGACCAAUGCCAUUCAAGAGAAAAGCCGACAUCACUUCGCUUCAAGUAACUUCGGGGGUAAAAAAACAAGCCGAUACUACAUCUCAAGCUACUUAUGGAUUAGUGGAUCUUAAAGGAGGAGGAAAAUUAGUUGGUUUGAUGAAAGAAGCAUCCAAAACUAGAAAUUAUACAGGGUUAGACGAUAAGAUACGUGAAUUAGUGGAACCUUUUAUAUAUAAUAAAGGAGAAGGGAAAAUUUUUCCUGUCACGGACUUCAUUUUGUUGAGAAACAAAGACAGGCCGAAACAGAAACAGUUAACAGUACCGAAGAAUAACAAUUCAACAGAAAAUGAAUAUGAAAACAUAGCGGCUCUCAAUGGCACUACUAAUUUUAUGAGUAAAGAUCCCCCAAAGUAUCGAGAGGUUUGUUGGGAUUUGUAUGAGCGAGGUUCUGUUGGAGAAACAGCGUUACACUUAUGUUUUCUAGUGUCUACUUCCAUUCAUGCUGAGUUAGCUAAACGUCUUGUACGACUUUAUCCAAAAUUAGUCAACGAUGUUUAUACAGGAGAUGAAUAUUAUGGAGAAAUCCCAUUACAUAUGGCUAUUGUCAAUGAGGAUCCAGCUAUGGUCAAGUUCCUGCUCGAUAAUGGUAGUAACUUUCACGAAAGAUGUAUGGGUAAUUUUUUCUGUCCUGAAGAUCAGAAAUCAUCUAGAUCAGACAGUUUGGAUCACGAAUGGGUUAAUCUCUGCGUGAAGACAAACUAUGAAGGUUAUGUAUACUGGGGAGAGUAUCCGCUCUCUUUCGCAGCUUGCCUGGCUCAAGAAGAAUGUUAUCGACUUUUGCUAGCAAAGGGUGCAGAUCCCAACAGGCAAGAUACAAAUGGAAAUACAGUACUUCACAUGUUAGUCAUAUGGGACAAAAUUAACAUGUUUAACAUGGCUUUUGAGUUGGGAGCUGUAAUGGAUAUCGUAAACAGGCAAUCUCUUACACCGCUUACAUUAGCAGCCAUGCUAGCUAAAAAGGAGAUGUUUUUCCACAUACAAAAGUUACAACGAGAGAUUUAUUGGCAAUUGGGAAGCAUUACAUGCGCUGCCUAUCCUCUAGAAGAGGUCGAUACAAUCAGCAGCGAAACUGGAGAAAUUAAUAAAGUUUCGGCUCUCAAUCUAGUCGUUUACGGAGAAAAAUCGGGACAUUUAGAUAUGAUGGAAGGAUUGUUAGUGGACCUUCUUAAUGCAAAAUGGAACACAUUCAUCAAAUUUAAAUUUUACCGUCAGUUCAGUAUAUUUUUUAUUUAUUUUUUAAUAUCUUCUUGCUGUUUUAUCCUGAGACCCGGACCUAUUUCACCUUCAAAUAUCCAAAAUAUUACAAAUAAUUCGGAUAAUUUUACGAAUCAGAACGGGCAGGAUAAAUGUAUUCUCUUAAAUACGGAAACUUUCGUGGAUGUGCUUCGUUUAGUACUAGAAUGUCUGACAGCAGUUGGAGCUUUCACAUACCUGAUCCAGGCUGUAAGAGAAGCAAGAUUUUUAGGAUAUAACACAUUUAUGGAAAAUCUGAUGACUGUACCCUCUCGUGUACUUUUCCUGAUAUCGUGCCAAUUAGUGAUGUUAAUGAUACCCUUACGCAUAGCAUGUUUAUCUAGUGUAGAAGAUAUUGCUGCAGUUUUGGUGAUGCUGACGACAGCUCCUUACUUUUUGUUCUUUUGCAGAGGCUUCAAAAUGGUUGGCCCAUUUGUAGUUAUGAUAUAUAAAAUGAUUUUAACAGAUUUACUGUGCUUUGUUACUAUCUAUCUAGUGUUUGUUUUAGGAUUUUCACAAGCAUUUUAUGUGAUUUUUCUAUCACAUUCUGGAGAACCUGAUAAAAACUUCUUCUGUGAUCCCAUACAGAGCAUCAUGGCAAUGUUUGUCAUGUCACUUUCCGAAUUUGGAGAUAUUUAUGAAGAAUUUGACAACACUGAUCAUCCUGCAGUGGCAAAAGUUUUAUUCAUUGUAUAUAUGGCUCUUGUAACAAUAUUGCUUAUUAAUAUGCUAAUUGCUAUGAUGGGGAAGACUUACCAAGAUAUUGCAGAGAGGCGAAAUGAAUGGAUGAGACAGUGGGCAAGAAUAGUUUUAGUUGUAGAGAGAGGAGUACACCCAUCAGAAUGUUUAAGGCAACAAAGAAAAUAUACACAAGGAAUGGCUGAUGGUCGAAGAGCCUUGGUUCUAAGGCUUCAACAAACGGACAAAGAAAUGGAAGAAUUACGCUUGUUAGGUAAUCUGAAGACGUCUCACUUAGAAAACAUCAGAAGACAGCAAGCGGGUUCUAAUAUUUUAUCACCGAGAAGCACACCGAGGAAAACCGUAAGCACCACCAGCCUGUGAGAAGACGUGAUGCAAUUAUUAUAUAUAUACAAACAAAUAAAAUUUCUAUUAACAAUGCCAAAAGCAUAUUCGUUAUUACAAGA